UUAGGACUUGUAUUUUUUAAAGUUGUGUAGUGGUUUUGUGUAGUUUUCAGCUUCAGUCCACAGUUUAUGUUUUCACGGUUGGCCUGGACUUUGUAUUUACAGCUUGAAACAAUGGUUUGUGAGAAAUGUGAGAAGAAACUUGGACGAGUUAUUACUCCUGAUACCUGGAAAGAUGGUGCAAGAAAUACAACAGAGAGUGGUGGGCGGAAGAUCAACGAAAAUAAAAUGUUGACAUCAAAAAAGGCCAGGUUUGAUCCAUAUGGAAAGACAGGUUUUGCCACAUGCAGAAUAUGCAAAAGCUCCGUCCACCAGUCUGGGUCGCAUUACUGUCAGGGAUGUGCUUACAAGAAAGGGAUCUGUGCCAUGUGUGGCAAGAAGGUUCUGGACACCAAGAACUACAAGCAGACCUCAGUGUGAUUGGAACAGACAGACAUUUCUAAUCUUUUUAGAGGGGUGGAAGAGUUGUGUAGGAAAACUGCUCGUCAUAUUCAGAUUAAAUUAGAGGCCUAUCAGUUUGUGGUGGUGUUUAUGUUCUUAUUCAACACAAUGGUGCAGUAGUAUAAUACUGUACCACAGCUGGAUACACAUUUUUGAUGUUUUUCUUCUUUCCUCAGUAGAUUACUUUAAAGCAAUAUAGCAACUUGCACUGUAUGGAUAAAAUUAGAUGCCUUUGCUAAACGAAAAAGGUCUAUGUACUUGUUUCAUAUGUUUUCUGUUUCAGAGUAUAGAAUAUUUCCCCCAUUUAAAUGUUGAUUUAUUUGCAAACCAUAUUCAAUAUGUAAAUUGUUUUAAAACGCACAUCACAGUGCCACCACUGCAGGCUAUUUUAGUACCAGAUAUUUACCGGCAGUUAACCUUGAGGUUUCAAUGUUGACAUUUAAAUAUCAUCUUUUCCUAGAGGCAGUUUUCUUUUCCCCAUUUCCAUGAUUGUAUGAAUUUUGUAAGUUUGUGUAUUAUUAAAGACUGUUUAUUGCAUAUUACAACCCAAUAAAUAUGAUCAUGAGUAAUGUUUUUAUUAUUAUUUUUGCCAUCUCUUCUGUAUAUAUUCUUUUUUUGCUUCUCAUACUUUUAUGCCUCUAAAAAUGUUUUUUUUUUUUUUUGGCCAUAAUAAAAUGGAGUAAACCA